AUGGAGGCCGAGAUUGAAGCUCUCAGACGGGAAAGAGAGGACAAGAUUCGACAAAUCGCGGAGAAGCGCAAGCAGGUCGAAGAGCUGCGGAAGAAGCGUAGUGAACGUGCCUCGCUGAAAACGAGCCAGGGAGCAUUGACCAGCAACGUCGACGGUCUUGUGGCCGAGAUUCUGGGUGGUGCUGGAGGUGCAACUUCUUCACGUGCGUCUCCUGAAGCCCCCUUGAAGGAGCUGAGUGAGAAGAGCCGAGCUUCUCCACUGGGUGCGGAGCGGAGCUUGCAUUUCCAGCAAGAAGUUUCGGUUGCUGCUGUGGACAUUGAACCCGAUGGCCACGUGUCUUACGAAAGGUCCUGCCAGACCGAUAUGAAAGGCAGCGAUGUCGGCAGCGGAGGAGAGAAAAGCGCCGCUGCCGCAGGCUCCGUGUCGAAAUCCUCGGCCAACGUCCUCUUGAGGGUGGCCGAUCGAGCGAAGAAUCGGGUCCUCACCGGCACCACGGCCAGUGAGGAGCGGCGGCUGAAGCGAGCCGCUGGGCAAGAGGCCAAAGCUGAUGCCGAAAGACCAGAGAUCAAGGAACUUUCCGAGGAGGAGCGCAAGAAGUUAGAGGGGCAUCCAGACUACAAAGCGUUCUUCGAGCGGGCAACCUUGCUGGUUGAGCGGACAUUGGGGCAGGAAGCUUGGGAUGUCGCGUUGGACUUCAAAAACACCUCCGCUGAUGCGCAGACAGAAGGCGGUGGGGCGGAUGCUUUGAAGCACGUCGACGACUAUGUGGAGGAGAAAUGGGCCAAGGGCCGCUGCGUGACGGACUUGCGCUUCUCUCCUCAUCGGCAGGAGAUCUUCAUGGCUGCAUACCACCAAAAAGCCAAUCCGGAGCUAUCUGACCCUGAUGGCUGCAUGUUGGUUUGGUGCGCCACCGAAUUUGCAGAUGAGCAACAGGCAGUACUGACAGCCUUCUCCUCAGCCUUCUCGGAUGUCCAGCUGUGCGGCACCGGCCUCGCGAGUCGUUGCGACUCGCCCGAUGUUCUGCAAUUCGUUGGUCCGAGAGGGCCAGUCCUCAAGACACCGCUGAGCGGCAAAGGUCACGCUCAUCCAGUGUCUGCUAUGGAACAAGUGGGUACCCAGAAUGCCACCAAUCUGGUGACGGCCUCAAAUGAUGGCCGUUUGUGUGUAUGGUCUUUGGCUAUGCUGAACGUCCCGCAGGAGACCUUUGAUCUCAAGAACGAGAGCAAAGCAGGUCGGCGGGAGCCUUCAGUCAUGUCAUUCUCCUUUCCAGAGAACGAGACAAAUAUCCUUUAUGUGGGCUCCGAGGACGGUGCCAUGUGGCAAGUGAACCUCCGUGGCAGCAAGCCUGGUAUUGCUGAGCUCUACGAGGGCCAUGAUGGACCUGUCACUGGUGUUCACAUGCAUCCACACCAAGGGAGCGACUCGGGCAUCUCCUCGGACACCACGACGGAUCUUUGCCUCACCAGUUCCUUUGAUUGGAGCAUCAAACUUUGGAGGGUGAAGCAGUUUCAGUCUCCUGUGCUCACCCUGGACACCUUUGAGGACUAUGUCUAUGAUGCUCGCUGGCAUCCCACUCAUCCAGCCGUUUUCGCAUCAACUGAUGGUGAAGGGCGCGAUGCUCAGGCGGCUAAGAAGUUCGGUGCAGCGCACAACUCCUUUCCACACACUCAAAGCGUGCUUGCCUUGAACAAGUGCUAUUGGUCCAUGGAUGGCCGCAAGCUGGCCACGGGCGAUAGCGAGGCGUUUCAACUUGUGUUUUGA